GAUUUUAGGUUCUCUCUUUUGGGUACCCUCUUCAAACGCGGUUAUACACCUGAUGUAACUACCUUCAACACUCUGUUAAAUGGACUUAUUUUGGUCGAUAAAACCCCUGAAGCUGUAGAGUUAUUUAAGAAAUUGUUGAGAAUGAGAGAAAUUGAACCCGACGUGGUCAUGUAUGGAACCAUUGUUAAUGGGCUCCGCAGAACGGGGAACACUAUCAGGGCUGUUAGUUUGCUUAGGAUCAUGGAAGAGGGAAGUUGUAAACCUAACAAUGUAGUGUAUAACACUGUCAUUGACAGUCUUUGCAAGGAUAGAAUGAUGGAUGAUGCUUUGAAACUCUUUUCUAAGAUGAAUGAACAAGGCAUUCGUCAAGAUGUUGUCACUUAUACUUCUUUGAUUCAUGGCCUAUGUAAUUUUGGCCGGUGGAAGGAGGCUACCAGAAUGUUUAGAGAAAUGUUGGAUCGUGGUAUUGCUCCGAAUGUUCGUAUGUAUAGUGUGUUGCUGGAUGCAUGUACCAAGGAAGGGAAGAUGAAAGAGGCAGAGGGGGUACUUGGAGUCAUGAUACAAAGAGGUGUGGAUCCUAAUGUAGUCACAUACAGUACUGUAAUGGAUGGAUAUUGUUUGCAAGGCCACAUCGAUGAAGCAAUGAGAGUGUUCAAUACCAUGGUGGAGAGGGGCGUUCACCCUAAUGUUUUUAGCUAUACCAUUCUAAUCAAUGGAUAUUGCAAGAAAAUGAAAAUGGAUGAGGCUAUGCAUCUCUUUCAAGAAAUGCCUCCGAGAGAGCUGCAACCUAACACUGAAACCUUCAAUGCUAUGCUACAGGGCCUGUUUCGAUCAAGUAGAUGCGGAGCUGCUCAAGAACUUUUUAAUGAGAUGCAAGCUGUAGGAAUAAUUCCAAAUUCUCAAACUUACGGUAUCUUAUUGGAUGGGUUGUGCAAAAAUGGGCAUAUUUCUGAAGCAUUGUCGUUAUUCCACAUAAUGGAAAGGAAUGGUUUAGAUCUUAAUGUUGUUAUGUACAAUAUUCUCAUUGAUGCAUUUUGCAAGGAUAAAAAGCUUCAUACUGCAAGGGCUCUUUUCAGUAACCUUUCUUCCAUGGGAUUAGAUCCUGAUUUUAAGACAUACACUAUGAUGAUACAAGGUCUUUGUGAAGAAGGCCUACUGCUUGAAGCUAAAGAGUUGUUUGUUAAAAUGGAACAUAAUGGUUGUUUGCCAAAUGAUGUCACUUACAACACUAUUAUCCGAGGAUUUAUUGGACAACACAAGUGCUAUGAGGCAUUAAUACUCAUUGAGGAAAUGGUUCAAAGGGGUUUUUCGGCAGAUGCAUCCAGUUGUUCCUUGAUCGUAGAUAUACUCUCAACUAAAGGACAAGAUCCUGCUCUCCGAGAAGUGAUAAAGAAGUUCAUGCCAAAAGAUAGUCAUGGAAUGCAUGAUGUUGAGUAAAUUUCUUCAG